UAUAAUUUACAUAUAAAACAAAAGCGUAGGAUAUCUACCCAUGCAUAUAUAAAAUGUAAGUGAUUAAAAUAACAUCACACUACAUCCUGUUCUGAUUAAUAACACACACACACACACACACACACACAGCGGAAUAUCAAUAGGUAGUUGUCAACAAUAGAGAUUGUACUUUCGGUUUGGUAAAUAUUACGUGAUUUUUCGAGUCUAACAUGUCACUUUACAAUCGUCUGCCUCAGGACUUUGUUUACAGCAGAUUAAACGGAAAGUGGUGGAGAAUGGCGGACACUGACAGAGAUUUGUCUGCACCUGGCCAUGGGAGUCAAUGCGUCUGUCAACAAAGCGAUGUCUAUAACCUCAGACGCUACGUAAACAGCGAAAACAAGUUGAUCGGUACGUUUUGUACUAAAUGUAAGGCAGAGAAUUUAAUAAAAGAAUAUGUAGUGAGCGACAAAGACGAUGAGGAUACAAAGGAUUGUGGUGAAAUGCAAGAGAUGCUAUCAAGGCCUCUCCCAAACCUUAGUGAAAUCACGGCAUUCCAAGUUCGAAGUUCCAAAACAAAAGUUGACCUGAAACAUUUUGCUGACAUACUGAAGCCAGGCGACCAAAUCUCCUGGCACAGGCCGUACUUCUUCUGGCACCACGCCAUUGUCUCAGAAGUUAUUGCUGAGACGAGCGAGCUAAUGUUGAUUCACUGGAACAAGGAGGACAACCGCAUCCAAAUCAUCCGUAGCCGUUACAACGUGGACCCGAACGAAAAUGAACUGUUUAACAAGAUGUACCGUAUUGACUAUUCGGACGAAAUUACAAAGGACAAUGACCAAGAACUUGUGUUGGCGAGAGCUCGGUCCAGAAUCGGUGAUACGGGGUAUUUUCCCUUUACCGACGACUGUGAAACUUUUGCAACUUAUUGCAAAACGGGCGUUGAAAAGUCACACCAGCUAGCUUGGCUUAAAGGAAAAUGUAAAGAGAUCGUCGGACAAAAUAUCAUUCUGGCUGCCAAGUCAAUUACCAAAGGCACAUGCAGAAUUGUACAAAAUACAGUUUCUUUCGCGAAACAAACCAUACCAAGUGUAAUGCAAGAUACUUCUAUGGCGGCGGGGAAAAUCGUUUCAGCAGAAGGAAUCGAACACGCUAUGAAAGGAAGUAACUUUGUUGGUGCUGGAAUUGUGAUAGUACUAGAAGCAGGAUUUGUUACUUGGGAUUUGAACCAGGCGUACAAAGAGAGAAAAAAGGGAAAUACAUCAAGGAACGAUUUCAUCGAAACUGCCAUCCGACGGUUAGUGGAGGGUGUGUUGAGUGCUGGGUUGUCUAUUAUAUGCUCCCUAGGUCCGGAACUCAUCGGGAUCGCUGUGGGAUCACCACUGGGGCCCGCUGGUAUCAUCAUUGGUGGUAUCGUAGGAGGGAUCAUAGGCGGUGUAGUGGGGAAAAUGGCUGGCACUGCCCUUGGAAGUGUGCUCGGCAAGGCGAUUUCCUCCACAUUCAAAGCCGAUGAUAGAGCGGUGACCAGUAUCGCCGACCUAAAACAUGGUGAUCACAUAGUAGAUUAUGACUGGGUUCUACAUCCGCGCUGCCACGCCAUCGUGGUGGAUCACAACGGGGUUGACAAAAUCAAUGUGAUCCGUAACAGUUAUAAAAGUGGUGUUGUUGAGGAGUGUAUACCGUUCUCGAAACCGCUGUUCAAGAUUGAGUACCAACAGGGAACAUGCAAAGAUCCGGAGAAAGUCGUUGAAAUGGCUAGAUCAAAACUAGGGGAAAAUCACUAUAGUCUGUCUUUCUACAACUGUAAAACGUUUGCGAGGCAGUGCAAGUACCACUAGGCUAAGCAGAAAUGAAGUUUUGUGUUUGAAUUACCUUUUCAAAGCCGAAAAUUGAAAAAAAAA